CUAUGCCCUGUGGUCAUCAUUCAUAGACAAAGUUUUUUUUAAUCUUUGUCAAUCCUUGUCUUUGUUUGGGUCUCACUGUCUCUUCUAGCUGUCUCUGUGUGUCAAUUUUAGUGGAGUCGUAAAAAUUGUGUGUUAAUAUUUUUGCACUAGGAUUUCUGAUUAAAAAUUUAUUCGUUAUCCAACGAUUUCCUAGUGAUUUAGCUGGAACAUUCAUUUAAAUUAUAAUAAAAAUAUUGUGUAGUAUACUUGAAGAAUGGAUUGCCUUGUGGGAUACGGUAGCGACGAUGAGAAUGAGUCUGAACGCUAUGGAAGCCAACAACCAUUGGUGGGAGCGGGUGGCGCUGGUGCCCGCCGCAGAGACGACGACACCAACUACGAUGACGUCAACAUGGACAUGAGCGAGGAUUCUCAGGACGAGUCGGAGCCGGAGUUGCCGCCUGCUGAGCCGACGCCACCUCCACAGUCAUCUCGCGAGGAACGGUCUUCCAAUGACAAUCGUGAACGCGAAAGGGAACGCGAUCGCGACCGCGGUGACCGUGAGUUCGACCGCCGUGACAGACGUCGCGAGUCACCCGCGCGACCGCGCGACAGAGAACGCUCUGACAGGCGUUCUCCGCGUAGAGAUGAUAAAUACAGGUCAGAUCGCGAGCGUGAUCGCGGACGCCCGAACGACGGCAUCCGUCGCGGUCUUCUGGGAGAUCGCCCCGACGACCGCGAGAAAGUUCCUUCCCUGCUGGACGUGAAACCAUAUGGCUGUGAAAUCCCACCACCGAUGGACAGGAGAUCACAUGAUGCCAGAGAUGCUGUGUCUCCCAGAUUCAUAGACCGCGAACGCCGCGAUAAAGAAAGGGACAGGGAACGCGAGCGUGACAGAGACCGCCACAGCAGGCGUUCAGAGGAAAGACGGUCUUCAAGCCACAGACACGAGCGUCGUGACCGUUCCCGCUCGUCGUCCCGCGGUGCUCAGUACGGUCCCGGCCACAGCUCGGACAGACGGUCCUCCCCACCGGGAGGAGACUACAGACCCUCCUCUUACAAAGUCAACAGAAAACUUGAAGUCAUGGAAAAGAUGGGUCUACAAAUCAAGACGCCGGACGGUUCAAUGGCGACUGCACAGCAAUUGCGCGCGGCCGCCAGCGAGGUCCCGACCCAGGGGUCCCACCUCCCUUCAUACUACAACCCUACUGCUGUCAAUGCUAAUAAAAUUAUGGAUCAGGUACAAAAGCGCAAGUUGUUGUGGUCAAACAAAAAUAAAUCAGAGGCUGAAGAGGCUGCCAAGUGGAGUGGCACUCGGUUCGCACAGGACUCGGACGGGAAACAGGUGUCCAAGUUCAUGAGACUCAUGGGCAUCAAGGAACCAGCUGCCGUUAAAAACGAGGCUCCAGAAAAAGCAGUGGACCCAAUCAAAAAGCAGGAAGAACUGUUCCAAGCGAUGCAAGCUCAAUACGAAGUGGCCAGGGCUACCACACACACCAUGCGGGGCGUGGGACUCGGGUUCCAACGAGGACAGUACUAGCGCCAGUGGGGGCCUAGCGGCGGCUGCAUGGCGAACAGAUAGCGUUAGUCCAUGUCUACUGAGACAUAUGUUGGUAAACUUUGCCUCAAGAUAGCCUGGGACAUAGCUCCCAAUUGGUUUACGUCCCUCAAAAGGGGUGGACAAUCUACUUGCCUAUAGUACACCCAUAAUUCAAGCACCUGACUGGUGUUCUACAAAGAAAUUGUUGAUUAGAUGCCAAGAUAUAAGUAAAUGUAACAUGUGUGUGCUUGCAAGGCUAACGCGCGAAUACUGAAAUGCUACUUCAUUUAAGUGGUACUUAAAUAUCGUGCUAUCUCUGUUUUAUAAAGUACUUGUAGCGACAGAAAUACUUUCAAGAGUAUUCGUAAAUUUAGUGGCGUUUGAGUAUUUGAAGAUA